AUGCACCAUAAAUACAAUUAUAAAAGGCCAAUAAAGCAGGUAGAGGUGAUUUACACAGGGGAGCAUGGUGGAGGAUACCAAGUGUCAACGCCAGGGUACUGUGCAGCUACUGCCGCCGCUCAAAACGCCGCCAAUGCUGUUGUUCAAGCUCAGCAAAGCUCAGCUGCUUUUUCUAUUGAGCUCUCCCAUGCCGCCCAAUCUCGCCUGGAUCAUUUGCGCAGAGAAGCCGAGACAGGCCAGCUCUCUGUAACCAGCUUUAUACGCCGCGCUUGCAAGGUAUUCUUUUCAAUGGAAGAAGUAAGUAGAGGCGGCAUCGGCUUGCUUGACGAGAAAAAACUUGACAUGAUACUUGCGGAAUCACGUCGUUUUUACCCGGAGAAAGCAAACGAGUCUCUUGUGCGGCGGACUAUCUCGACUUACGUUUGUCAGACUCGUGGACAAAUGCGCGCACAAGAGAACCACACUAUCGCUCAGAUGGACCGACGGUUGUCGUACGGGCGCGUAUUGCCUGUUGCGGCGCACGGUCAUCCUGCUUACGAGCAGCGCACUGCCAUUGCUGCUUCUUUUCUUCCGGCUCAGCGCACGUUCCAGGCUAAUCGCUUUUAA